GGGGACCAGCACCGGCGAAACCCAAAUACCUUUGGUCCGCUUUCGGUGGGCUGGUGGUGCUGCCAGCCUUUGCACCCUGGCUGAGUGGGUUCAUGGCGGAAGGUGUGCACUCCGGCUGCGGCGCUAUUGGGCACACAAUUGACCCUGAUGCUGCUUCAGACGGGGAUGAUGCUUGGUGUUGGAUGACUUCAGCCUUUCUCUUUGACUGGUCUGGAAAUCGGCUGCAGAUCACCAGAUAUGUGUCCCUGGGUUUUUUCAUGUUGCUGGGUGCCGUCUGCAUGCAGCUUCUGAUUUCCAUUCCAGACUUGUAUGGAAGUGACCUGGCUGCGCUGCUGGGAUAUUCUGUGGCUGCGCUGCUGGUGGGUGUUUGCUACACUCUCCAGGCCAAGAUGAACAAUCGCUUGGCCCGUGACUUGGGCUCCACCGCACGAGCUGCCGCGUUUUGCAACCUCACCGUGAUGACUUGGGGCCUGCCCAUGUGCCUCGUUUUAGUAGAUCUUGGGGUGCCCCUUGACUUUGUGAUGGGCGACUGGUGGAUCUGGCUUUUCUUGGGUCUUCAGUCGGCCUUCUACACUUAUGCCUUGGCAGAGUUGCCCAAAGUCCUUGGCUAUUCUGUCUCUUGCAUCCUCGUUAUCACAGGCAAGAUGUGCACAGCUGCUUUUGCAGACACCAUUGGACUUUUUGCGAAGCCGCUGGCUAUUUCGCCCUGGAGAUAUAUCAGCGUAGCCAGCAGCCUCAAUUCCCGCCAAGUUGCAAGUUGCAGGGUCUGUCCAUGGGGUGAGAUUGUUUGGCAGGUGUUUCCAUGUUUAAACAUGUGUGUGUUCUUCCGCAGUGAUUGA